AUGGGAAUCGAUUCUUUAUUAAAAGCUCUGAAGUCAGUAACAAAGCCCAAACAUAUUUCUGAAUAUUAGAAUAAGAAAAUAGCUGUGGAUACAUAUUGCUGGUACUUUGAGCACUUAUAGUUUAGGUUACAUAAAGGGAUAUUUUUGUGUGCUUAGGAAUUAUCAGAUGGCAGAGAGACAAAUGAGCAUAUUAAUUAUUGCCUAAAAAAAGUAGAGUUGCUCAAAAAAUAUAAUAUUACUGUUGUUAUGGUAUUUGAUGGUGCAAAACUGCCAAGCAAGAAGACUACAGAGGAAGAGCGGGAAAAAAAGAGGAAUGACAACCUAUAAAAGCAUUUAGAAUUUAAGUAACAAGGGGAAAAAGACAAAGCUUAUUAAAAAUUGGUUGAAUCUAUAGAUGUUACUCCUCAAAUGGCAUCUAAAUUAUUGGAAGCAUUGAGAAUCAGGAAUAUUGAAUGCAUCGUCGCUCCAUAUGAAGCAGAUGCUCAAUUAGCGUAUCUAUCUUUAACAGAAUAUGUUGAUGUCAUCAUAACCGAAGAUUCCGAUCUUAUUGCUUAUGGAGCGAAAAAAGUGCUUUAUAAAUUGGACAAAUUUGGGUAUGGUGAAGAGAUUGAUUACAAUUCUAUUUCAUCAUGCACUGAAUAUAAUUUUUAGAAUUGGCAUCAUUAAAAAUUUCUCACUUUCUGUAUCUUAUCAGGUUGUGAUUAUUUGAGUUCAUUAAGUGGAAUAGGGAUAAAAAGAGCCUAUCAAAUAGUAGCAACUUCAUAAAAUUAUAAAUAAGCCAUUGAUAAUCUACAGAGGAAAUAAAAGAUCACUGUUCCUUUUGAUUAUGUUGAAUAGUUCGAGAAAGCAUAUCUAACCUUUCUAUUUUAGAGAGUGUUUUGUCCAGUUCAAAGAAAAAUGGUCUCAGUGAAUACCUUUGAUACUGAUCUCUUAUAUUCUCAAAUGAAAUCUUUAUUGGAAGGCAACCUUGAUUUCUUAGGUAAUGUUUACACAGACACCUUGAUUCAAGACAUAGCAGAUGGUAAAAUCUGCCCAUAAGAUUUAAAACCAUAUUCAUAAUCAUCUAAGAAUUUAAAAUACUAAAAUAUGGAAAAUAAGUAUCAAAAUGAUAAUAACGAAUUAGAUAUACCAACAUUCGGCAAGGAUAAAAAUGUUUAAGUUUUCAAAUUUAUUAAAAAAUCAUAAUCUACAAAAAUAAAUCCAGAAGAAAAUGCUGAAAGAGUAGAAGACUAAAAAAUUAAACCCCAAUCCUAAGUGAUUCAUUCAAAAUAGACUGAAAUUAACGAAAAAUCUCAAAUUGAAUAAUAAUUAUAUAACUACGAAUAAAGUAAUAUAUUUUCUAGUUAACAGGAGACACUAAAAUAAAAAUCCUUAUUUAACACUAACAUUUUAGCCAAUGAACAAAAGAAGAAGUAGUCUAAAAUCGUUAUAAAACAUGAAUAAAAAAGAAUUAACGAAUAUUUCCAAUCCUCUUUUAAACCAUUCAAACCACCCUCGUCUCACAUUUAGAAAUAAUAUUAAAUUUCUUAAGUAGUCAAUAUCGUUGAAGAGGAAUGCUAAAGAUUUGAAUAGAAAGUUAAUUCUCAAGUUGAAGAGGAAUUUUAACAAUAUAGUAUUUCUGAGGAAUUUUCUGAUAAUUUGAAAAGAUUCUAUUAUACAGACUUUGGUCUAUUCUUAAACUCAGAACUCCAGUUUAAAUAAAUACAGCUUUGA